AUACAUAGCCUACUUCAUUUGGUUGACAAUUAAAAUUUCUCGAGUACGACUGUGAGAGGACCUCAAGGGAAGCUCAAGAGAUCCUCUGGGGUGCAGGGGUAGAAUAGGAAAUUUCAGAAACCUGCAAUAUGCCGGGCUCAAGAAUGCCAACAGUCUAGGGUACAUUAAAAAUAUAUAUGAAAAAAGAUGAUCAAGUUGUGGGGUAUCAUCAAAGGACAAAAUAUUCAUUUCCCCAUGUCGGAUCAACUGUAGGAUAUGGCUUGUUGAUUUCUACUACGGGUGUUUUGCUUUGAUGGGGCUUUUUAUGUUUUUCUGUUUAAUUUUCUUUAAUGAGAAUGUAACUGUUGUGUUUUUUUUUUUUUAAUUCUGGCCACAGGAGUACAUGGAAGAUGGUGCCAAUCAAGAGAUAAAAAAUAUUUUAACAAAGAAUCAUAUCUCCUAUUUUUUUGCCUCUGUAGAUUUUCAGUACAUAUAGGUAAUUUGAAUGAAAACAUGGUUCAAAAUAAUGAAGCCUCAACUGACUUCAUCGUUCUAGGGCUCUUCCCUGGGUUCAGGUAUCCCCAUCUCCUCAUCCUCGUCAUCCUCCACAUCUACAUAAUUGCUUUUACUGGAAACGCCCUCCUGAUCCUCCUCAUCUGGCUGGACACCUGCCUUCACACUCCGGUGUACUCCCUGCUCAGCCUGUUCUCCCUCAUUGACCUAUCUUACAUCACCAGCACAGACCCCAAGAUAGUAACCAGUUACUUCACAGGGAGGAAGAACAUUUCCUAUUUUGCCUGUGCAGCUCAGUUGUUUUUCUUUCUCACCCUUGGCCUUGCUGAGUGCAUCCUCCUGACCUUCAUGGCUUAUGUGGCUUAUAUGGCUCUCUGUAACCCCCUGAGAUACACAAUUCUCAUGAGCCCCAGGGUCUGUCUGCAGAUAGCUGCCGCAGUCUGGAUUGGGGCAGCUCUGGCCUCCCUUGUCCAUACCAUCUACCCAAUGCAUUUCCCUAUCCGUGGCUCCAGGAAGAUUAAUCAUUACUUUUGUGAGAAGCCUGCCAUCUUGAGACUGUCUUGUGUGGACAUAUCAACCUAUGAGAUGGUGAAAUUUGUGUCAACUAUUGUGUUCCUUCUGGUCCCGUAUGUUUUUACGCUGUCAUCAUACACCCUCAUCUUCCUCACUGUCCUCAGGAUGAAUUUCCACAAGGGGAGGAACAAAGCCCUGGCCCCCUGUUCUUCCCACCUAACCGUGGUGAGUGUCUACUUUGGUCAGGCCAUCUUCAUCGACAUGACACCCAGCUCUUCUCAACCUGAACAAGACCAGAUAGGAGCCGUGCUUGGCACCAUAGUGAUUCCCAUGCUCAACCCACUCAUCUACAGCCUGAAGAACAAGGAAGUGGUGGGGGCUCUGAGAAAGAGGAUCGGAAGCUAUCGCAACUGUGAAAAUGCCAGUUUCCACAGUGUUCUUCUCAGAAAUGUUCCAUCCUCAAUUUUCAGAAUAGCCAUAGUUAACUCACAUCCUAAGGUUUUUGUUAUAGAGAAUCAUUACUGA